AUGACGGACGGUAUCAGUGCCAAUAACAGUGCUUCAGUGCUUCAGGAUAACAGUGGUUCAGUUGAUCGGAUUUCAGUUAAAAUUCUACCGUUCUGGCCCAACGAUCCUGAAAUAUGGUUCCUGCAAGUAGAAAACCAAUUUACACUGGCAAACAUAACAAGUGACGCAACAAAAUUUAACUACAUAGUUGCCAAUAUCGAAACAGCUUACAUAUCAGAAGUUAGGGAUAUCAUUGUGUCACCACCAGCUACAGAGAGGUACUCUUUAGCAGGCACAACAGUACCAGACAAUAUCGUAAGGUCUCUGUGGUUAGGUAGACUGCCAUCGUCUACACAGGCUAUUUUAGCUACUCAAGCUAAAGCUAGUUUGGACGCAGUUGCCGAGCUAGCUGACACAAUCUCUGAAGCUAUAGCCCCUAGUGCCCAAAUUUCAGAAGCUUCCAACGCGUGUGCAAAUACCAUCGAUAAAUUGACAGCCGAAUUAGCUGAAAUAAAAUUUCAGCUAGCUAGCUUGUCAAAUGCUCAAGCACAAACUCACACAUACCGAAACCGCAGCAACUCGAGAUGCAGACCAUAUCCUAGAGACAGAAGCUACAGUAUGGAACAUAAUACUGACAUAUUAUGCUGGUAUCAUUACCGUUUUGGUGACAAAGCUCAAAAGUGCUCUCCUCCGUGCAAGCAUCAGGGAAACAUCGCGGACAGUCGUGAUUUAAUUGACAAUAAUGUAAAGGAUUACAUUUAUAUCCAGAUAAAUAUAAAAAUUGUUAGUGUUCAAGAAAUCAGUGAAGCUCUUACUGAAGAAGUGACACAAAUAAACGUCAAAACUUUAUAA